GCUCCUCCGCUGCUUUUCCUGAUGACACACCUGCUGGCCUGGGUGGAGCUGAGACAGGUGAACACUUCUUAACUGAGAGGGGAGACGCCACGAGAGGUAUGCAGGCGCGAGAGGAAAGAGGAGAGGAGAGAGUGAGGUUGUAAGAAACACACUCGGACUCCGAUUACGACCGACAGGCCCGAGCAGUCUCACCAAGAUGUCGAACCACAAGGAAUACAACCCUGUAAAGAUCAGCAAGAGCCAGGCCACUGAUCUGGCUGUGGUGAUUGCUCGCAUGCAGAAGAAUGCAGACCAAGUAGAGAAGAAUAUCCUGAGUUCAGAGGGGCUGCUGACGGUGGACACGGCGCGUGAUGAGAAGAAGCAGCCCCUGAUCCACCAGAAGGAGAACGCAGAAACCCUGGCGCAGGCGGAGGUGCUGCUGAAGGACCUCUUCAUGGACGCGGACAGGGCCAAGAGGCUGCAGCACCCGCAGGCCGGGGAGAUUGAGAAAGAUGUGAAAAAUCUCCACGACCGCUGGGUGAAGGACUGUGCCAUCUACAGGGAUCUGUACGCCCAGGCACCAGUUUUGGAACCAAAACCAAGGAUUGACUGGGGUCCUCUGCUAGAUGAAAAACUGAAACAGUUGAAGGCAGAUGCAUACGGCCCCAACCUGACUGAUGUAGAGAAGCAGAUCGCAGCACACAACAUUCUGCACCAGGAGAUCAAGGCCUACAGUGACCAGCUGCAGUCCAGCACCACCAGUUCAAAGUACGCCAGCCUCAAAGAGAAAAAUGCUGAACUCUAUGAGAGCUCCCAGAAGAGAGGCAACCACCUGGCCUCUCUGUAUGAGUACGUGCAGGGCUGCAGUAAAGAGCUGGUCUACCUGUCGGGCCAGCAGGAUAGGAUCCUCCAGAGAGACUGGAGUGAUCGCAUGGUCGACCCUCCAGGCGUCCGCAUGGAGUAUGAGAAAUUCAAAAACAACGGACUGAUAGCACAUGAGAGUGAGAUCAACAAGCUGCAGGGGGAAGGAGAUCGGCUUGUAGAAAUGAAACACCCUGGCAGCUCAACAAUAAAGGCACACAGAGAUGCUGUGCAGGCCGAGUGGCAAGUCUUCCUCAACUUGUGCCUGGCACAGGAAACACACUUGGACAAGAUUGAAGAGUAUAAGAAGUUCCAGUUGGAUGCAGAGACGUUGACCGAGUCCAUGGAGAGGCUCAACUCCAGCAUGGACCCAAAGUCUCUGGCCGAUAAGAGCAACCCUCAGGUCCUGAUGGCGCUGGAGGGAGAUGAACCAGCAGUGAAGAGGAAUGAGCAGCGCCUGGCUGACCUCAGGGAGCUCAGCAGCACCAUCGUGCCUCUGAAGUUACGCCGAAUGAAGCCCACCAAACCCACCACUGCAGUGUCCCUGUGUGACUGGGCAGAUAAAGAGGACACAGUGAGGCGUGGUGAGGUGCUAAACCUGAAGUCCAACUCUGACAAUAAGAACUGGGAGCUUCAGAGCAGCAGUGGGAUGACCAGGACCCUACCUGGGGCAUGUUUUAUAGUCCCUCCACCUGAUGCCGAGGCUCUGGAGAAAGUAAACAGUCUGGACAGAGCACUGACGGAUCUAAAGAGCCGUAGAUCUGCACUCAUGGCCUCCUUGAAGAACCCAACUGUGGAGGUGGUCCGCCCUCAGAAGGCCGCCGCUGUUCAAAGUGCUCCGGAGGAUCCUAGAGCUGCUGAGCUAGCUAGUGAAAUAGACAAGAUCAACAAAGCCCUGGAUCGGAGCGAAAAAGAAAUCCUGAGUCGUCUGAGAGCCCCGCUGGACAACCAAAACCCCACACAAGACCUGACAAACAGACUGCAAGAGCACGAGAAAUCUGCUCAGACUGUGAGAAAGCUGGAUUCUGAGAAGUCUGCGAUCCAGAGAGAGAUGGAGCCUAUUCUGGCCCAGAAACCCCUGGGACCCAUCAGCUCUACACUGCCCCUCAAACUCAGCGCUGCAAACAACAAGAUUGAUAACAUCAAUACCCUCAUUGACCUUUAUAACAAAAAAGCUAUAGCCUCCAUGUACCUAGAGAAGCAGAAGCAGAAAGUGGAAGGCAUUGUCUCUGGGUUUGAGGACAUGCUUGCUAAAGAUGGCGCCAUUCUUGAUCAACCGAACUCCCUCCAAAGUCGCAACCAGAAGUUGCAGCUUACACGUAAGGAUGUGGCCUCGAAAAAAGAUGAGUUGAAUACAUUAAGCAGAGACUUGGACAUGACCGAGCAAGCGUGCAGCUCCUUCCAGCAGAGUUUCAAUGAAUACUGUCCAGACAUCCGCCGCCAGGAGAAUGAGGUGAAACAGCUGAGGAAUCGUUACAUAAAUGUCAACAAUCAGCUCCAGGAAAGGUCUGGUCUCAUUCAGGAAGCAUCCAAUAAAAACCAAGAUUUCCAGAAUGCUGCUCAGUCACUGGAUUUCUUCUUGGUAAAUUUGCCCAAUAAUGCGAUCAAACCUACAGAUGAUGUGCCGCAGAUAACAGCCAAGCAGAACUCUCAGAAGAAAGUGAUGGAGGACAUCAAGAGGAAAUCUGGGGAUCUAGACCAAGUCAAGUAUCUUUCCCGUGAUCUGCAGGGCGUUUUGAAUGAGUAUGGUGUUAAGUCAGACACUUACCGGUGCGCUCUAAAUUAUGACGAUGAUGAUGGCGAUGAUGAGGAUGGCGAUGAUGAACCUGUCCUAAAGAAACGUCAAACAACUAUGGCUCAGGCUGUACAGAGAAAGGAGCAAAAUCUACUGAACCUUUACUCUCAGGUGUCUGCAGAAAACAACCAGCUACUCAGCCAGUUGGGGACUGCAAAGAACAUCAAAACCAUGAAUGAGGAGAAGGCUAGUCAUGUCGUGGUCAAUCAGCAGCUGCAGCUACAGAGCCAGAGGAAGGACCUGGAGGAGAGCGAUAGUCUGAAAAGGGAAUUAAAUGAGGAGGUUGACAGGCGCUUACAUGCUGAAAGAGACCUGGAAACAUACCGUAAGAGGUUUGUGUCUCUGAAGAAUAGGAGAGGAGUGGAGAGGUUGGAGGAGAAGGAGGUGGUGCAAUACACUCGUGACCCCAAACUGGAGGUGGAAAUAAAGUCCUUGAAAAGUCGGAUCCAGGAUGAAUCAUUUAAAAGGUCUAGAACCCAGUCAGAAAUAGACAUUAUAAAUGAUAGGAUUAUCAAAGUGGAAACACAGCUGAUGAAAAUCGAACCAAAACUGGUGACAAAGCUACUGUUUGAAUACGAAAGAGAUCCACAGCUUGACAAAGAUGCCGUCAAGAUGAGAGAUGAAAUCCGCAGGAUACAACUGGAGCUCCAAACUAGAGAUACUGAGUCAAUUCAUGUGAAAACUGAGCUCACGGUUCUGUCUCAGCAGAAACAAAAAAUCAGGGAGAAGGUUGUUAAGAAAGAAGUGGUGAGACUUGAAAAGGAUCCGGAGAUGCUGAAAGCUGUUCUCACUUUCCAAAGUAAUAUCUCGGAGGAGGAACUCCGGUGCAAGUCGCUAAACGAUAGCAUUUUUAGCACAAGGAGUCAGAUAAACACACUAGAGAGGGUCAUUCCCACCAUCCAACCCAAGAUAGUCACCAAGGUGGUGAAGCAAGUACAGCAAGAUAGAGAAUUGCUGGAAGAGUCGAAGAAACUACGAAUGGCCUUGGAGGAGGAGAAAGAUGAGAAUGCGAUCUUGAUGAAGGACCUGACCACCUUGCAGCUACGUUACAGUGAGGUGGACAAGCUCAGGGCUAAAGUCGAGGUCAAGGAGAUCAUCAAUGAGAUCUACAGAGUUGAUCCUGAGACAGAAGUCGAGCUGGUGCGUCUGAAGAAAGAGCUGCAGGAUUCCAGCCGUAACCGUGCAGACCUGGAUAAAGACAUCACAACACUGAUAACGACUCUGACUACCCUGCGGGCUCAGAAACCCAAAGUAGAGUACAAAGAGGUGACCCAGGAGGUGAUCAAAGAAGAGAAGAGCCCCGAGGUCACCAGGGAAUUGCAAAGGCUGAACAACCAAGUCUCCCGUCUGCUAGUCAACUAUGAAACCACCCUUGAGCUGCUGACCCACCUACGUAAAGAAAGAGACGAGCUGAAAGUCGAAAAAUCCAAGGUGGAGAUCAAGCUAGUCAAUAGAGAGCUUAUCAAAUAUGAAAACGAUCCACUUCUUGAGAAGGAGGCCGACAGACUUCGUAGAAAUGUAAGAGAAGAGAUUCAACAACGUCGCAGUGUGGAGGAAUGUGUCUUUGACCUCCAGAACCAAUACAUUGUCCUUGAAAGGCAGAAGCCAGAGGAAAAGGUUGUCAUGCAGGAAAUGGUGCGUCUUCAGAAGGACCCCAAGCAGGUACUGGAGCAUGAUAAGUUGAACAAGAACCUGGACGAUGAAAUGAAGAACCGCAGAAAGCUUGAAUUGGAGGUCAGACAGCUCAGAGCCCUGCUUCAAGACAAAGAGCACACCUUGGCUCAGAUGGACGAUCGUCAGAAGAAGAUUCAAGUAGAGUCAGAGCUAAGGCAGAUCAAAUCUCGAAUUCUUGAGCUGGAAAACUCUCCGUCGCCUGUUGAGGAAAGGAUUGUCAUCGAGGAGGUCCUGAAAGUGGAGAGGGACCCUAAGCUGGAAAAACUUACUGAUGGUAUACGUAUCGACUUUGAGACUGAGAGCACCAAUAUCAGUCGUCUAGAGAGAGAAAUCCGCAACCUGAAGCUCAAGUUGGAUAUUCUACAAAAGGAGAAGUCAAUUGAAAAGGUUGUUUACAGAGAAGUUGUUCGUGUAGAGAAAGACCCGGCAUUGGAGGCUGAAAGGGAACGUCUGAGAGAGCUCGUAACACAGGAGAGAAAUCUCAGGCGUGACCAGGAGGAUAACACUCAGAACAUCCAAAUCAGAAUUACUCACAUGCAGUCAUCGUAUUCUGUAACUUCUCAGGAGGAGGUGGCUCUCAUCUCCAACAGAGAUGCUCUGCAGAGAGAGAAGGAGGAUAUGCUCAGAGAGCUCAAAAUGCUAGAGUCUCAAAGACAGAACAUCAGCAUAACGUUCCAGCAACAGUCAAAGCUGAUGAGCGAGAGAAACCAGACUGUACGGCAAAGGAGUCUUAGAACCUCCACUGAGAUACAGCGGAUGGAGAAAGAAAUCCUCAAUGAGAAAGACAAAGUUCACCAGAGAGACGCAUUCAUCAUGGAGCUGCAGAACAACAUCAGAAAAGAGGAGCACACUGAAACCCACACCAGGGAGACAAAUCUUUCCACGAAGAUCACCAUCCUGGAUCCAGAAACUGGUAGAGACAUGUCUCCCUAUGAUGCCUACUUGCAGGGGCUUAUUGAUCGCAACAACUACAUUCACCUGGCGGAGUUAGAGUGCGACUGGGAGGAAAUCACCUCAACUGGUCCAGAUGGAGAUACAACAAUUCUGCAGGACCGUAAAAGUGGGAAUCAGUACUCUAUCAAGGAUGCUCUCAAGGAUGGCCGCUUGACCCAGUAUGACGUGAUGCGCUACAAGGAAGGAAAAAUAUCCAUUUCUGAGUUUGCCCUCCUUGUUGCGGGGGAAACCAGACCGCCCAUCGUUCCUCCAAUGCCAAUCCCCAAAUUACCCACCAGACCCACCCCCUUGAACUCCAUGCCAACCUCCCUAAGGUCCUCCUAUCCCAGCCUCAACACUCAACUCAGUGGCAGUUUGAACAACCUCAGUGCUUCAGCAGGUGAUGAGUUAUUCCCCAUCUCUGGUGUUUUAGACACCACCACUGAAAGCCGCAUGUCUGUGCGAAGUGCCCUGACCCGCAAACUCAUUGAUGCCGACACAGCCCUCAAGCUGCUGGAGGCACAAGCAGCCUCCGGGGGAAUUGUCGAUCUUACCAAUAAAGACAAAAUUUCUGUCCACAAGGCAGCUGAACGCGGUCUCAUUGACUCGAGUGACAUGUACAAGCUUCUGAAUGCCCAGAAGGCCUUCACUGGAGUUGAGGAUCCCAUGACCAAAGAACGUCUCGCAGUGGGACAGGCUGCAAAGAAAGGGUAUAUUCCCCAAGAAAAUGCCAGGAGAUACAUGGAGGCGCAGUACCUGACAGGCGGGUUUGUGAACCCCUCUAAAGCAGGCCGCCUAACCGUCGAAGAAGCUCUUGCCAGUAAUAUUAUUGACAAAGCAACAGCUGAGGAGUUGCAAGAUGAAGCUUCCCACAAAAAAGAGCUGGUAGACCCCAUCACUAAAGAGAAGAUAUCAUACAAGCAGGCGAUGGAUAGGUGUAAGAAAGACAUCAGCACUGGCCUCCUGCUGCUUCCUGCGCUCUCUACUGAUGCCGCAAGUGCCCCAUCAUACUCAAACUAUCGUUUCAGUUCCUCCUACAACAGAUUCUAGAUGUGAAGUUUAAGAUAUUUUAUUUGCCACAGCCAAUGGUGCUAGCGGGUGUUUGUAACCAUGCUAAGUGAUCCACAUAGAGAUAAAAAUGACAAUGUUUAUGCUCACACUUUUUGAAAACACUGAAAAAAACUACAUUUUUGAUAAAGCUGUAUAUGUGGAUCUACUUUAUUUUAGUGCUAUUUUGGGUUCUGCUGUAAAAAUGAGGGUAAUUUUUGUAUUUUAUGGUGAAAUGUUAUUAAACUC